UAAUUAUUAAUUACUCACUUUGCUGACAUAUUGUGUUUACAGUCAAAUAGGCUAGGAGCUUUGAAUAAGUUCAAGUCUGGGUAAUGUAAAGUUCUUGUCUGCACUGAUGUGGCUAGUAGAGGACUUGACAUUCCGUCUGUGGAUAUGGUUAUUAAUUAUGGUAUCCCUAUGAACUCUAAGGAUUACAUCCAUCGAGUGGGGAGAACAGCUCGUGCUGGAAGAUCUGGUGUUGCUAUCUCACUAGUGAAUCAUUAUGAGCUGGAGUGGUAUCUGCGGAUAGAAAAGCUUAUUGGCAAAAAGUCACCAGAGUACCCUGCUCAAGAAGAGGUUGCCUUGCAAAUGUUAGAAAGUGUGACUGAAGCCAAAAGACUGUCACAGAUGGUAAUCCACGUUCCUUUUAGCUUUGUCUAUAUGUUAUUUGAAUAUAUCUGCUGA